GAGGGGACUUUCGACAUCGGCGUCGCUGAGGUGGACCUGGACGAGCCCGAUAAUACCAGCUGCCCGCAGCUGCGGAGGCGUAGCGUCUUCCGCACGCGAGAGACGAACAAGCUGCGGCGAACAGCCGUCGUCCUGGCGGAGCGACCAAGUAAGGUCAGCGUGCUUCCUUUGCUCCAAGCCGGCAGCAGAGCCUACUGCUUGGGCUACUGCAUCAGGCAGGCACCAUUCCCCUUUUAUCGGACGCUCUUGGUGGAGGUGACCCGGCGCUACACCUUCAUCAACCACACCCAGAGGACCCUCUUCGUCUUCGACGGCACUAAGACCUUGGAGCUCCCGAAAGACGAGCCGAAAGCCUAUGAGCCUUCGCAUGCGGGUCCCGCGGAGAGUUUCUGCUUCGACAUUAGCGGCACCAACGCCCUGAGCUUCUCCGCCGGCUUUCGUCUGACGCAGCUCUUGGACUUUGAGGAGGGGAGCGGAAUCGUGCUGCGCAGCGCCAAGAUCCAGCUCAUGUACAAAGUUAUCGAGGACGACACGAGCAACCUCGUUUCAGCACCUGUCUCUCAGACGCAGAGUGGCGAAUCAAAGCCCGAGGUGAGGCAAUGGGCCAUCGCCACUGUGGAAGCGCUAGAAGACUCCGGCGCCCUGGUGCUGCGCUUCUCCGAUCCGACGAAACCGCUGUUUCGCAUGGUGAACCGCACCAGCCACACCCUCUUCUUCCAGCAGGAUUGCACGGAUGCACCGCGCUUCAAGCUGCAGCCAGAG